AGCACGAAGGACCUGUGAUGAUGGUCAUGUGACAUAAGGGGCGGAGCAUAUCAGUGGAGAGGACGAAGGUCCUGUGAUGAUGGUCAUGUGACAUACGGGGGCGGAGCAUAGCAGUGGGGAGGACGAAGGCCCUGUGAUGAUGGUCAUGUGACAUAAGGAGGAAGGGCUUUGUUAACCCAUCUCUAUCAUCAUGUGACUGAUCACAUGGUUAUGACGUCGUCACAGGUCCUUUACCGUUGCUCCAUACCAGAUGCUGGUCGGUGCUGUCGUCUCUUGUUGUCUCUGUUAUCAGCCAGCAGUCAGCUAAAAAUGUUCCGGCCCCUUAUUAGUUUAGUUCCCGUCUCUGCGCCUUCUCCAGCUCCACAACGUCCCAUUAAUGAACUGGUGACCAAAACUGACCAGCGUAAUCCAGCUGCCAGCAGGACCAGAUCCGUGAUCCAGUUUUCUCUUAUCCGCAUACAAAAUGGUCCUAAUCCUGAAUGACCAACUGAAGAUGUCCCCGGACAGGACUGAUGUGACUACAGGACUAUUACACAUCACCCUGGAGAUCAUCCGCCUGCUGACCGGAGAGGAUUACACAGUAGUGAAAAAGACAUUGUGGACGUCAGGAAGAUGGAGCAGGGGCCCGAACCCCAUCACAGACCCUCCACCUCACUCCAUGAUACAUGAGAGGAACAACAAGAAGAUCCUAGAACUCAUCAACAAGAUGAUGGAGCUGCUGACUGGAGAGGUUCCUAUAAGGUGUCAGGAUGUGGCGGUCUAUUUCUCCAUGGAGGAGUGGGAAUAUGUAGAAGGACACACGGAUCUGUACCAGGAAGCCAAGAUGGAGGAUCACCGGCCUCCUCUAGUACCCGAUGGAUCCAGUAAGAGUCCACGGGGGAGAAGUCCACGGGGGAGAAGUCCCAGUCCUCUGUAUUACCAGGACAGUCCAGAGGGACACUACAGUAUAUCCGAGGAUGAUCAGGGUGAAGACCUGAUGGACAUUAAGGUUGAGGUCAUAGAUGAUGAUGAUGAAGAAGAGGAGACGGAUUUAGGGGCCGAUCAGCAGCGUGGACUCAUCGACUUAGAUGGAGAGAGAGGUCCUGGUCCUGUGGAGGAGCUCCGUGUCCUCGAGGACGAUCAGGGUGAAGAUCCGUCUGAUAUGAAAGCAGAGGAUGAGGCCAGGAUGAGGGGCCUCCAGCUGUUCAUUAGAGAAGUAGAGGAGGAUAUUCCAGAGGAUGGCACCCCAGGUAUAAACCAAUGGAUGUAGAUGGUGACUUCUGUGUUUUCUUAAAGGGGUACUCCGGUGAUAAAACUUUAACUUUU